UUCCUAUAGUAUUAAGCUUUUAAAAAAUGUUGGCGAGCCGUUGCUAGGGGCAACCGGUCUGUUUGCAAUUUGUUUUGAUCUAGAAGUCGGAUUUGAAAGGGCCGAUUUCGAUGGGGUUUUCGAUUUUCUCUUGUUUGGGUUCCCUGUGUUUUAUCCACGUGACUUAAUAGAUCACUAACAAGAGAGUUUACAUGCAGUACCUUCCUAAAUAUCGAUCUCCACAUUUCAACAUCAAAUCAAAAUACAACCUUCCAUUUUACUCUUCAAAUAUGCCUAAAUUCGCUAACCAGAGACGCAAAAAGCGGCGUUUUUGUGGGAACCGCUUUACAGGAAGUCUCAAUUUAGAGGAAAGCGAGUAUAAGAGAGUUGAAAACAGUCCUAAUGAGUCGGAAAACGAACCGAGUUGUUCGUCUGGCAUGGAGCCUGUUCAAGAAGGCAACCCUGCAAAAUCUGCUUCUUUUCUAAAGCUUUCGAAAACCGCUGUCGAGGCAGAUACAGUGCCUAAACCUUCCCAAUCCACUGCAAAGGUAUCUGAUGCUAAGGUGACCGGGUAUCGUUUCGUGGAUAUGGACAUUCUUAGCAAUAUUUUCGCUUUGCUACGAUUUGGUGACUGUUGCGAGUUCUGCCUCGUGCUCGGGGAAGACGAGCACAACCGGAAGGGUUGUGCCUCGAAGCUACGUCUAACCUGCCAGAACUGUGACUGGAAGCAUAUCACUUAUACUUCGAAAGUUCAAGGGCAAAGUUAUGAAGUGAAUCGCAGACUGGUUUACAGCAUGAGAACACUCGGAAAGGGACAUACUGGAGCCAGAAAGUUAUGUUUACUUAUGAACAUGCCGCCACCACCUACUGCGAGGGCAUUCACUAAAAACUCGCGCACACUGCUGAAGCAUGUAAAGGAAAUUGCAACCAAAAGUAUGGGUGAUUCUGCAAAAGAGCUUAAAGCAGAUAAAUCGGAUGGGCCAACCAAUUGCGGUGCUUCAUUCGAUGGCACCUGGCAGAAAAGGGGCUUUUCAUCUCUGAAUGGCUGUGUCACCGGCAUCUCUAUUGACACAGGGAAAGUUCUCGAUGUAGAGGCCCUUACGGUGUCCUGCAAACAAUGCAAGCUGCAUGAUCAUCUAGAUGAGGAUAGCGAGGAAUACCGUUUGCAAGGCCAACUUCAGGGGUUCCGCACCUGCUAUGGAGCCUGAGGGUGUACAGCGAAUCUUCAAUCGUUCUGUAGAGACCCACAAUAUCCGUUACACUGAAUAUUAUGGUGAUGGCGAUUGCAAAAGCUUUAAUAGAGUUGAGAAAGUCUAUGAGGCUGACAAUAUUAUAGUUAAGAAAAAGGAGUGUAUUGGGCACGUACAGAAGAGAGUUGGUAACUCCCUUCGAAAACUGAAACGUGACACCCCAGGUCUAGGCGGCAAAGGCAAGCUAACCGAUGCACUCAUUGACAAACUACAGAAUUAUUAUGGCAUUGCCAUACGUUCAAAUGUUGGAAACUUGGAGCAGAUGCGUAAGGCAAUUCAUGCUAGUCUUAUGCAUUGUGCUUCUAAUGAAGCCAGAGUGCUUCAUGACCACUGCCCGACUGGAAGCACAAGCUGGUGUAAAUAUCAGAAAGACAAAGCAGACCACACCAAUACAUUUAAGCACAGUGCUGGUCUGCCAUAGGAGAUACUGGCCAAGGUAAAGCCGGUAUAUGUUAGGCUAAGUGAAGCCAGUCUGCUGGAGAAAUGCCUACAUGGCAAAACACAGAACCAGAAUAAGAGUUUGAAUGCAAUGAUUUGGCAGCGAGUGCCCAAGGACGUGUAUGUCAGCAGGGAUAUUCUUGAAUUGGGCUUGUAUGAUGCUGUAUGUCAUUUUAACUUGGGGUACAGCUCUGUACUAAGACUGUUGGAAGCCCUAAAAAUCCCUGCCGGCAAAUAUACGGAAGCAGGCUGUGGCCUUGAGGAUACUUCUAGAGUUCGGCUUGCAGAGUAUAAAAGUAAGGAGGCAUC